CUCUUCUUACCGUUCAGUAGUUCAGUCGUUCCCAAUUCUAUUGAUCCCGGGACAGCAGCCAGCCAGCACGAGAGACCCGUGUUACAUACGUACGCCUAGGUUGGGCUCCAACUUUCUCUCGUGAGUGAGUAGCAGUGCUCGUCGUGUAAGGAGAGGAAAAGUCCGCAUCAGAAUCGUCGUCCUCGUCGUCGGGUCCCCCUCUCCGCUGCCUUCUUCCCAUCCAUCCACCCUCUUCUCCCAUCUGCGACCAGGGAAAUAAAUAAACCACGAAAUACUUGAUGGGGUCAAAUUGUACGUGACUUGGUCCUCAGCUCUCUCUCGCAGGGGGUGUGGUGGUGGUGGUGGUCGUGGUGGUGUGAAUAAUGGACACGUGUCACGUCAAUGUGACCACGUUAUAGAGGUCACAACCUGGGCUGGGACUCAACAAGGGGAUAGCGGGGCACGUGGCAUUUCCGUGACAUGUGGACAUGUCUUAUCCUCCUCCCUCUGCUUAUCGAGGGCAGGGAAAACCUUCUCCAGAAUCAGCUGAAAAAUUGGACGGAUACUUUUGGCAAUGCAAUAUUCGACUUUGGUAAUGUCGCUACGAAAUAUGAAGAGAUUCAGAGGAGGUUUCAGUCCAGUCCGAACUCCGCCGUUAAUCCGGUCAACCUUAAAAAAGUGGUGGAAGAAAUGGCCAACGAGACCUAUGUGUCGCUCAAGGAGAAAGUCGACGCUAUUCGAAAACUGGGCCACUGGGCUGAGCAGAAGGCGUUGGAGUAUUUCGAGAAGCCCGAAGCCUUUCGCGAAGAACCUCCCAAGAGUUACUUAAACGCCAAGAAGAUAAACUUCGUGGCUCCAUUGGACGCGGGGGGCGGGGGUGCGAAAGGCUCCUCCGAACGGAGCACUGAAGGACCAGAUCCACUCAUCUUGGAGAAACUCAAUCUCAAAAUGGACGAGCAUUUCGGCGUCAACGUCAACCUCAACACGAGUACAAUUCAUAUUCCCUCGUUCGUCUACGACAGGCGGGAGGACAUUUUGGACGGCGUGCACUGGACGAGCGGGAUGGAUGAAGUUUUUAGGUCGAAUUACGCCAAAAAUCCGACCCUGCUUUGGCAAUAUUUUGGAAGCUCGUUAGGCUUUUUUAGACAAUAUCCAGCAAUGAAAUGGCCAAAGGACAACACGGACCGGAAGGAGCCGGACAUGUUUGACUGUCGCCUGCGUCCCUGGUACACCGGGGCGGCCAACAGUCCCAAGAACAUUGUCAUCCUUCACGACGUGUCCGGCUCAAUGAUGGGACUCCGGAGGGAAAUUGGGCGCCACGUAGUUCAAACCAUUUUAGAUACUCUCACGGAAAAUGAUUACGUCAACGUGCUUAACUUUACGGAUAAGACGUCUCCGCUCGUCCCCUGCUAUAAGGACGGCUUGAUUCAGGCCACGUUGGAAAAUGUUCGCGAGUUCAAAGUGGCCUUGGAUCAGGACAGGACGAGAGAAAUGGCCAACUUUACCGCAGCUCUUAACGCAGCUUACAGCAUGUUGGAGAAGCACCGAGAUCUCAACCGGUCCGACUCUGCCAACUGUAACGAAGCCAUCAUGCUCAUAACGGACGGACUUCCCGACCUCUUCAGCGAGAUCUUUGACCCCCACAAUGAAGAGCUCUUGGGACGGACGCGCGUCUUCACGUAUCUCAUUGGCCGCGAUGUCACCGAAACGGCGGAAAUCUUGUCCAUCGCCUGCUCCAAUAAAGGCUAUUUCGCCCACGUGACGACAAUCGGUCAGGUGGAGGAGCAGGUAGUGAAAUACUUGGCAGUCAUGUCUCGACCCAUGGUCAUGGCCAAUGUCCACACCGUCUCGUGGACCAACGUGUACGCGGACAUUGUCGACAUCCAGGAGUCGGACUGGUUAUGGGACGAAAAGAACCGGGCGGAACAAAAAUCUCGUUCUCAGCGGUACAAGGCCCUCCUCAAAAAGUUGAAGAACGAGACGGAGAAACAGGACUUUUACAUCGUGGGGGACGACGACGACUCGCGCCCCGUCCCCAAAGGGAAGAAGAACAUGGUGUCCUACUCGGCCAAAAGGGCGGCAGAAUUCCUCGACUACGGCAUCAUCAAUCCCAGCGAGGAGGAGUUGAGGGAGAUGUUCGCCCACAGGGAGCGGCAGUCCAGGCCACAGCCACUUCCACCACUGCUUCCACUGCCAGCAGGACCACGUCGCACGAAGCGCGACUCCACCACCACCGUCACCUCCACCAAUUUUUCACCAUUUCACCUCCCACACCACAACUACCACCACCAGCCGUACCCUUUACCCUGGGGGGAAGCGCUCUCACUUGCCCUCGCUGCCAACAGUAGAGAGCAUGAUCACCAAAAAAUUCUCUUGUUGGCUAGAAAAUCUAAGCAUGACGCGAAAAAGGAAAACGUGGCGAAAUGGGGUCCAAGUCCUCGCAAGUACAGAUUCAUGGUGUCCGUCUCCCUCCCCGUUUUCGACCAGCGGAACACCACGGAACACUUGACGCCUGUGACUACUAAAGCUCAAGCUAAUAAUGAGACGCAAACGGUAGACGAAAUGACCAAGGAGAAAAUUGCGAUAUUUUUGGGCGUUGUUGGAACGGAUAUUCCUAUAUCGGAGUUUCUCAAGAUUGCGACCCCCUUCAAAAUUGGGGUGAAUGGGUACGCAUUGGCUCUGACGGAGAAUGGUCACGUCAUAUUUCACCCGGAUUGGAGACCUCUCUUCACCGACCUACUCAAACCCAAUUACAACUCGGUCGACUUGUCCAAAGUCGAGUUGGCAGAUACGGAUCGCUACGAGAGGAAUUUCGAUCCCAAAUUGAUGGAGAUGAGGAGAGAAAUGAUCAAUAUGGAAAUGGGGGCUGAAGCCGCCAUGAAAACCAUCUCAGUUCGCGUUCCACUCGACGAGUUUAGACGUGUCCUCCUCCGCCGGCAGAAGUAUGCGUACGUCAAAAUCCCCAACACGGUGUACACCUUGGCCAUCACGCUACCAGAGUCGCAACAGUACGAGUUCACGGGGGGCAUGGAGAUCCGGAGGGAUGGUCAGGGCAGAAAUGUCACGCACUUUUUUGAAGCUCCCGAUGAGCCCAGGCGCUGGAGGGUUAAUCCAGACUGGACCUACUGCGAAUAUAUUCGUGGGGCUCACCCCGAAUUUCGGGACAACAAGGAAGGUCUCAUCUUGCACUUUCUCCGAGAAAUCCAGCAGGCCAAUACCUCCUGGCCGUGGAGAAAUACGGGCAUCGGCAUCACCCGAAGGCAGCCCACUUUAGACAGCCAAGUCUACAUUUGUGACAAACAUUUGGUACAAGCUCUCGUCUUAGAUGCCAACGUGACCGGUGUGUUCAACCUCAAGUGGUAUCGCUCCUACCAGAAGGACAUGGGACCACUAACGAAAGCGUUCAUUCGCUAUAAUGAAGAGAUCAUGAACCCGUUUGGACCUUUGGUGGGGUUCAUCGCGACGAGGAGUGGGUUGACGCGGUGGGUAAAUUACACAGACUCGACCCCCUUCACGCCCUUCAGCCGGAGUGACAUUCGAGCCACGGAGGAGCUCUGGUACAAACGGGCGGUGGACAGGUACGAUGUUGACCGUGGGCUGUCCUACGUCCUCUCAGUUCCGUACGAUGCUGGGACGCGGGGGGACAGCUACGUGACGGCGACCCGGGCCAUAUUUGUCCACCGGAGCAGUGGUGGGAGAGGUGGGAAUCGGGCAGCCCCACCCGUCCAACAGUCCGCACCCGUCGCGGUGGCCGGUGUCCAAUUCGAACAUGAAAAAAUGGCCAAAAGAUUUUUCGAUAUUGCUUCCAGGUGUGACGGACGUGGCUGUCUGAAAUGCAGAGAUGAACUCGACUGCUACGUCAUUGACGAUAAUGGUUACAUCGUCGUGGCGGCGCGGCACGAAUUCACAGGUCGAUUUUUUGGCGAAGUCCACGGCGAAAUUUUAGAGCAACUCGUAAACCAUGACAUUUAUAAGCGCGUCCACGUCGUGGAUUAUCAAGCCAUUUGCUUUCACCUCUUCAGCAAGUCCGGAUUUGGAAUGAUUUUACAAAAUCCAUUCCGUUACUUUCAAUGGAUGGUGAAAUGGUUUAUCGGGAGAAUGGCCUGGCUCAUGUUACAGGUCAACUUGCACUCGUACUUUUCUCCCGAUUUCUCCGCUGUUUUGGCCGAUAUAAUUUACGUUGACGAGGAGUACAGCGAGGACCAGGAGAAGAACCCGAAUUGGCACCCGUUCUUUGGGAUCGCGUCCAUCAACAAGACCCGUCUCCGCCCCUGCCACAAGGAGUACCUUCUCUACACUUAUGGCAAAAAGUACUACUCCGACCUCUACACCAAAGGCUACCACCCCGGCAUCCUCGCAGACUGCGAUGGUUUUGGGCACAACGGGUUUUACGGGGUCCAUCUCAUCAACCGAACGAAUCUCAUCAUGAUCGCUAUCGACGCCAAGUGUCCAGCGUUGCGGAGUCGGAAGGGCGUUGGGGGCCAGGAGGUGCAAUACACGAUAGACGAGGAGAUAGAAAAGCUGGCGACGAGCAACGACGUGAUUAACCAGAUUUGCAGGACGCCAUACAUUCCCCUCGAGAGGAAACGACCCUCGUCCCGAUGCCUUUUCUUCAAUGAGGAUGAGAAAGACCUGCGCCCCGAUUGUGGAGCCGCUGCUGGCCUAAAUCCCUCAUUCGCAUUAUUAAACCUGCUCAGUAUAAUUAUUCUAGUCAAGAAAUUCCUCCUCCACUAGCUUAAUAAUUCACUUUUAUGUAGAGCACACUCCGUGUAAAUACAUACAACUCAGCAAUCACCACGACGUAAAAGUUUACCUUGAUGACAAGAAAGACAAAACAUUUUAAAGCCAAGUAAAUAAGUCCUAAAUCUCUAAAUAUUUCGUAUGUACAAAGUUCUUCGUCAUCCACGACAGGAUUUUUUUAAAAGAGAAAGAGACCAUUUUUAUGUCCGCUUCGCCACCACAGUCAAUUAGUGAAAGUGCGUGCUUUCAUUCUACUUACAAUUUGGACUACAAUUAGGCAAAUCUAAAUAGUUACAGAUAAAAAAACAAACCCAAUCUUUCACAUUCGAGACUACAAUUUACUAGAAUCGUAACGUUCUACGAUUAUAAAAUACAACAAAUUUAAUACAAAUUAAAAUACGUGUAAAUAUUCUACAAAACAAAAACCCAACUCACAUCCCUUCCAAUAAUUAAUUACUAACUGACUAUUUAAAUAUUACUGCUUUCUCUCACUAACUAACUAACCAACUACUCGUUCAUCCUCUCUCUUUCUCUCCAGUUUAUACUUUCUCUUAGCUCAUAGUUGUUGUUCAUGUCUAAAAAAAACGAUGAGUAAUGUCCAUGAAAUUGAGCCUUUUUGCCAUGCCUUUCAGUAAUUAUGUUGGAAUUACCGUACCGUUAAUUGUUACGAGUAGAUAGCUAGCUGUAGAAGAAUUAAGGUGAAAAUCAUCAGUAUUAUUGACACGAUUACUUAAAAACUGGAUGGAUGACAAAGUGCACAUAACUUUUUCAUCACCACACCCACCACCACACCACCGACACCACCUUUACAAACGUACUACUAGUCUGUAAAUACUGACAUAAUUUUGAGUCGUAGGUAGAUAAAUAUUUAGUUAAAUAGACGCCGCGCAUUUAUAUAUUGCCAAUCAUCAAUAAGAAACAGAGAACCGUGUUGACCUUAUAAUUGACUUAGCGAGUAUAUACAUAAAUAUGUACAUAGACCAGUCUUUUACUUAAUAAGUUAACAGUUGCGUAAUAAGUAAUAAGUAAAAAUAGCAAUAGUAUUUGUUACUCCUUCCUACAUAUUUACCUACAUACCAAAUUAGAUGUACAUUUAAUACUGGACUAGAAAUAGGUAUGUACAUACAUGAAAAACGGAGCUACAUAAAUAGUUAGUUAAUUAAAUGGAACUCUACUCAUCCUUCUCCCUCCAUCAGAAGAAAAGAAAGUAGUUCAUCCUCAUCUCAUCAUCCUUCGACAUGAACGACGAUGAUUGAUGCAAUCAUUCACAAUAACAAUAAAAUAUUACCUGCCUCUCAUUUACGUUUUUAUUCCUCUUUCUAUUUACAGUAGUUACCUUAAAAAAUCUUGUGCAAAUAAUAACCUCGAUUCGUUAACGUAAAUAAGAAAUACGUCGACUCUCAAACAACGAAGUGCUCUACAUACAUAAACAUGUAUAGAUUUAAGGGAUAUGAGUUCUAGAUAGAAAUCGAUGAUCGAUCGAUACGUUGUAAAAUCGAUUGAUUAAUUGAUUACCAAUAAUGUCCCCUCCUUUACACUAAUAAAUGUUGGUCACGAAAAAAAGUAUGUAUGUAUGUAAUAACCUUACAUAAAUAUUUCUUAUGUAAACAUGUAGGAGGGGGAUGAAUAAUAAACCAAUUUUUGAAUACCGGAA